AUGUUUCAAGAGAUUAGCUAUAUCGAGACCAUUGAGAAAGGAGGCCACAACAUCCUUUGCGAAAUCGCCUGGCAAGUAGUGUAUCCCUCAUGGAUCUAUCAAGCUGCGCGAAAAGGACUCCGAAAUCAAAACGUGCACAUCGGGUCAGAAAUCAUGCCAGUUUGCCAACCUUCUUUUAACCGGAAGUCGUUCAAGAUGGUGGAGAGAGCUUGGUUUAGAGAAAGAGCUGACAAAGGCAAGAAACCAGCCAGAGAAAUGGCACACAUGGUCCAUGACAUUUUUGAUGUCUAUGGAAAGCUAGAAGAACUCACCAUCUUCACACAAGCUGUUGAGAGAUGGGACCAUGAGGGGCUUGAGAAGCUACCGAGAUACAUGAAGGUUUGCUUUGAAGCUCUGGACAUGAUUACAAUGGAUAUUAGCAUGAAGGUUUGCGAAUCACAUGGUUGGAACCCGACAGACUCUUCGAAAAUCGGAGUUCAUUUAGUGAUGCUCCAUGUAUACUUCUUAUUGGGCGAAGAACUAACAAGAGAUAAAGUCAAACUAAUCGAGAGUAACCCAAGGAUUGUAUCAUCUGCAGCUACAAUUCUUAGGCUCUGGGAUGAUCUCGGAAGUGCCAAGGAUGAGAACCAAGAUGGGAUUGAUGGAUCAUAUGUCGAGUGUUACCUGAACGAGCAAAAGGGAUCAACUGUUGAUGAAGCAAGAACACAUGUUGUCCAGAAGAUAUCUAAAGCAUGGAAAUGCUUGAACCAGGAGUGUUUGAUUCCAAGACCAUUCUCAAGGUCAUUCUCAGAAGCUUGUCUAAAUAUUGCAAGAACAGUUCCUUUGAUGUACAGCUACGUUGAUAAUCAACGACUUUCCGGUCUCGACGAAUAUCUCAAGUCUCUAAUGUAA